AUGAUGAUGAGCCGUGGUGCAACCAGGGCGGCCCGGUCUGUGAUGGGUCACGUGGGACCACGUUUCUUCUCCACCGCUACCGUUCGUGGCGGAGCAGCCAAUGGGUCAGCCACCGGAGUUGUUGGUGCUUCAGGUUUGUUGGGUGUGAAUCCAUUCAUGGGUUCGGAGAGGACAACGGUGGCGUGGAUUAGAUUUCCAGUAAUGGGUGUGCGAAAAGAGAGUACCGUAGCUUUGGGUGACAAGGACGAGCAUCCGGAGAAACAAGCGCAGACUGGUGGUGCUAGUGGUGCUGCCGGUGGUGGUGGUGAUGAUAAGGCCAUUGUCAGUUACUGGGGGGUUGAGCCGGCGAAGGUUACUAAAGAGGAUGGUACUGAAUGGAGGUGGCACUGCUUUAGGCCAUGGGAGACUUACCAGGCUGAUCUUUCGAUAGAUCUGAAGAAACAUCAUGCCCCUGUGACUUUCUUGGACAAAGUAGCUUAUUGGACUGUCAAGUCUCUGAGAUACCCUACAGAUGUAUUUUUUCAGAGGCGAUAUGGGUGUCGUGCAAUGAUGUUAGAAACUGUGGCCGCUGUCCCUGGCAUGGUUGGAGGGAUGUUGCUACACUUCCAGUCACUGAGGCGGUUUGAACACAGUGGUGGUUGGAUCAAAACCCUGUUGGAAGAAGCUGAAAAUGAAAGGAUGCACCUCAUGACCUUUAUGGAGGUGUCCAAGCCAAGAUGGUAUGAGCGUGCCCUCGUGGUUGCAGUCCAAGGCAUUUUCUUCAAUGCAUACUUCCUUGCCUAUCUGGCUUCACCAAAACUGGCUCACCGUGUUGUUGGUUACUUGGAAGAAGAGGCCAUUCACUCCUACACUGAGUUCCUCAAGGAAUUGGACAAGGGUACUAUUGAAAAUGUCCCCGCUCCGGCAAUAGCCAUUGAUUACUGGCGUAUGCCACCUGACUCCACCCUCCGCGAUGUUGUCAUGGUUGUGAGAGCAGAUGAGGCUCACCACCGCGAUGUCAACCACUUUGCGUCGGACAUUCACUAUCAAGGACAUGAGUUGAAAAGCUCUCCAGCUCCACUUGGAUAUCACUGA